AAACGAGACAGUACUCAACACACUCACAACCUAAGCUAGUUCAUAUCACUAGUGUCACUACCCAACCAAGCUUUCUCUCCCCUCACUCAUUCACCCCACUUUCUCUUUUUUCAACAGUACACACUUUCCUUAAUCUUCCUAACUCUCAUCAUACUGUGUCCUAGUUAGAACUAGAAGAGUCACUCACUGUUGGCUUAUGAGAAUAUUGAAGAAGAUGAAGAUGAUAAGAUUGUGCUUGCUGCUCAUCACAAGUAUGGUUUGUUAUAUCCAUGUAACAAUGGGAGAUGAUGCAGUUGCAGAUCACCACCACCUAAAAGCCACUUCACACGAACAGAUCCAGUGCACAAUGUGCAGUUCGUGUGAGAAUCCCUGCAACCCUGUUCCUUCUCCGCCGCCACCACCACCACGUCCACCUCCUUCCACCACCAAUAACUGCCCUCCCCCUCCUUCUCCUUCUACUUCUCCCCCCACCACAUACAAUUACUACUCUCCGCCCCCACCCUCUCAGUACAGCUACUCUUCACCACCUCCUCCAUCAUCAUCCAACGGUGGUAGUGGCGGCGGAGGCGGAGGCGGAGGCGGAGGAACCUAUUACUAUUACCCUCCUCCAUCUAGUAACGGAAACUACGCGCGGCCGCCGCCGCCCAACCCUAUAGUGCCGUACUUUCCUUUCUACUUCCACAGCCCUCCGCCACCUUCCGCCGCAGCUCCUUCGCCGUCAACAGCCUCCUCGCUGCUCUGUGCAGUUGCUCUCUCAUCCUUGUUGUUGCUGUUGCUGGUUUGAUAGAAUGUUCAAAAAAUAGCAAAUAACGGCUCAGAUUUGCAGAUCUAGAAGAACAGGAGAGUAGUAGUGAGGAAAGGAUGCAGUCAUGAAUUUCCCAAUUUGCCCUGCAACACUCACACACGUACAUAACCUUCUUUCUUUCUUUACCUUCAUUCUAUAUAUGUUUUCUCUCUGAAAUUUCAAUGCCAAUGUAUGUGGAUGGAUCUGCAAUUUGCUGACAAUUUUUAUUGUAGUUAAGCCUCACACCCAUGUAUGGUGUCCUUAGUAUGAAGAAUAAUUAAAUAAAACAAUAUGCAUAUGAUCAAUAUUGA